UGUGAUUAUAAAUUACACCUAGACUUGCCGCUACCAGCCAUAUGGGAAUAUAUUAAUGAACAACUAUGUGGUAGUAGAUACUUGUUGGUACUUCAUUGUGAAAAUUUGGUUAGUUUGAUGCAAUCAGAGUGGAAUGAAUUGAAGAACAUCUUGUUGCGUGUGGGUGGGCCGGGGAGUGGAGUCUUGAUCAUUGGCAAAUCAUCGAUAGAAUCAGCUGUAAGAGAUAUGGAUUUUCUAAAUGGGAUGAAGGAUAUUAUAACAUACUGCUUGAAUCCCUUAUCGGUGGAUGCAUGGGUGGCAUUAUGCAAGAGACAAGCAGCAACGACAAUCCCCUCAUCGAAGCAAGACAAAUCAGAGAAGGAUGCAUGGUUUUUCCGAGAUUUCUUUCCUAGUCAAGCUUUUGGGGCAAAGGUUUUUGGAUCGUUAAGUCCUAAUAUUCUAGCACCAGUUGCAACUCACUUACUCAAUGAAAUUUAUAUGGUUAGGAAUCUUCCACUUGUCAUUAUACGAUUACACCAAUACCAGCAUCUACUUGAUGUUGAUAAUGAUUAUGAUGUCAUCUUACACAUGUUGACCGCUGAAUACCUCAUACCAACCGAAGGCCUUGAACGAGAUUUGAUUCAACUCUAUGCAAGAUCUUUAAUAUAUAUACACAUGCAAGUACUAGCAUUACCGUUUUCAAGGAUGGUCUACUUGCAUAUGAAGGUUCCUGAAGAUUCAACUAUUAUUCCAAGGUACUGUCGCUAUUUGUGUUUGAAAAUUAAUCAUAGAGCUAUACCAUUUCGACUACCGACCAUGUCGGUUGAGGUGAGCAAUAAACUGAUAACAUUGAUUCUACGAGAACAUGAGGAAGCAACACAAGAAGAUGUUGAGGAAAUAACACUUCAAGUAUAUAAAAAAAGACGCAUGAAAGCAACAACUGCAAUAUCAAAGUUCCUCGACAAGAUGUCGGUAAGACUUAUACAUUUGCGUAUAUUAGUUGUAGAAACUGGUAUGAUCCAAAGGCUACCCAAUGAAGUUAGCAAGUUGGUUAACUUGAGAUACCUCCACCUUUCAAAGCUUAAGAUGGAAUUACUUCCGAAAUCACUUUUUUACCUACCUAAUUUGCGAAUUUUAAGUUUGCUUCGCUGCCAAAAGCUUCAAAAGAUACCUGAACGAAUCCAUCAGCUUAAAAAGUUGCAGAUUUUGAAAAUAACUUAUUGCACAAAGCUUCAGUGGUUACCAAAAUCUAUAACAAGGCUUAAAAACUUGGAAGUGAUUGAUGUGGAAGGUUGUUGUUGGCUCAACAAACUCCUAGAUGAUUUGGUCAGUUUUAAAUCACUCAGAAUCCUCAACAUCACAAGAUGUGCAUCCUUGUCUCAAAUUCCUCGUGGGAUUGAACAAUUAAUUGACCUUCGUAAGUUGUCAGGAAUAUUUGUCGGUGUCGAUGGAGGUUUUGUGCUCGCACAAUUGCAAACUUUAACAAAUCUUCAGGAAAUAAGAUUACGAAACCUAGAACGAGCAGAGAAGACUCAAACUGAGGUGCUGAUGGGCCAACAAAGUCUUUGCGACUUGUCAUUGCAUUGGGGUGGCGAAGAAGCAGAUGAGAGUUCUGAAUCAGCUACACCACUGCAGGUACUCGAAGCUCUCCGACCAAACAUGCAUUUGAAAAUGCUAGAGAUCAUUUCUUUUAAGGGAGUGGAAUUUCCUACUUGGAUGAGUAAACAACAACUUGUUCGUUUCGAUUCUUUGGUUGAAGUGAGACUCAUCAAUCUCAGGAGGUGUGCUACAUUACCAUCACUCGGUCAACUUCAUUGUCUGGAGAAGAUUGAGAUAAGUGGCAUGGAUUUAAUAAAACACAUAGAUAAUACAUUUUAUGGUGAUGGCGACACAUUUUCUGUGUUGAUAGAGGUCACUGUUUCAGAAAUGCUUGCGCUGGAGAAAUGGUCUAUGCCGGAAAGAAAAAAAUUUCGUAUUUUUAAGAAGCCUCAACAAUUGACACUAAUUCAGUGCCCAAAACUCAAGGAAAUAGAUCCGCAUUAUUAUUGUCAUACAAUGAGAGUAUGGUUGAACAAUGAGACAAUAUGGUCUGCUGAAUUUAACUGUUGGGAGAACCUCCAGUACAUUGAAAUAAUAGAGAUAGUCGGUUGCCAAGAGCUGAGAUGUCUGCCACAAGGUAUGCGAAGGUUGAAGCGUCUAUCUAAGAUGACAAUUAAUAGUUGUAGCAAUUUGACGACUUUGGUAGCAUUGCAUUCACUUGAAGAAUUGAACAUAUAUGCUUGCCCACUGCUAGCAUUCAACCUAGAAGCAUUUAGGGAACUUAGGAGGCUUACAAUUAAAGGCUGCCCGAAGAUGCAAAUUUAUCACGAUGCCUGGAAAAUAAAAAGACGGUUGUAAGCAAAAGAAGAGAAAUGAUGGCGGACAAAAGAAGAAGAACCAGAGAAACAACGACGGACAGAAGAAGAAGAAUAAGAAGAAGAACACAAAUACAACAAUGCAAGUAGUUCUCUUUGCCAAAUUGAAUGAUUCGCUUGGCAUGUUGCAAGAAACAGUUGACUUCGAGCUGUGGCAUAAGAAGAAUAG